UCCCAAACUCUAGAGGGCCGUAGUGGGCUAUUAUUCGCGGUGGUGGUGAGUACAUACUAGCAGGGUGUGAAGUUAUGGAGAUAUCGUGCUGAUUAGCUUGACAAAUAACUGUGGUUCAACGGUAUAACCCGGGAACCCCCAAGCUAGCGUGAGGCCUUGAGGUGCGCGAGAGCGUGUGUUAUGUUACAUCAAUCUAAAAAUAUCCGAAAUAACUUCUUCUGCCAGUGGGUUAUGAUGACCCGUUUUCACCUCUGCCUUCGCCACUCUCUGACCCGUGACUUGUAUACUGUCUUGCCUGUGGGCGAGCAAGGCCAAGCAGCAUGACGGAAUAUUCGUACAUUCCAAUGGAUGACUUGAAAAACGGACUGCAAUCAGCUCGGACAUCUCAUCCUAUGAAGACCGCUCUGUUAGAUUCAGAGUUCUCACCUGAAUACGAUGACUCUGGGCCCGAUGGCAGGGUAGCUGAAUCGCUCGACCAUCUACGCCCUCAGAUUUAUCACCAGCACCACUCUCCAAGUGUAACCAAGGCAGUUUGGCAGAACUUCUAUCAUGCUUGCAAGAUCUUGCUCUUCCCAAUGACAGCCAUAGGAUAUCUGGCAUUUUGUUACACUGUUCAUAAUCACCGUGUGCCAUUGAAUACCUACGGUUUCAUAGACACCACACCUGUCAAUCUUGUUGCCAUAAAGGGUGCGAUCACCUCUAUUAGCAUCAUUAUCGUCACGAUUGCAUUGUACCCCCUCAAUGGUAUGCUGUCAGACUUGAGGAGUGAAGAAUUUUUUCGAGUUCUCUCGUCUAGGCCUCACGGUGUUCCCCUAUCUACUGUGAACAGCAUAUCUAGUCCAUCAUUUGGAUACAUUGACGCCAUCAAAGCGAUGAUACGAUGCAAUUGCUCGCCGUACUUUGUCGCUUGCGUAACAGCGUCAAUUAUGGUUCUAGUCGUCUCGACUUUGGCUCCUGCUACGCUGUCAAUCCAAAGUGUUCUUGCGGAUGGCGAUAUCAUGGCAUUUGCUGUUGCAGCUGUCCCAGCGCAAAGCUUCUGGAAUGGUUCAUCUGUCUAUGCAAGUCAAAACAAGGAAUUUGCUGGAUAUCUGCUUUGGGCGGAAAUGGAACUUGACAUACGGUACUCUUUCUCCACGGCCGACAGCCCUGACUCGGACAUCGCAGCAUACAUCGUGCCAGCUCCCCUUGACCUUGCAACGACAACAAGUUCAAGGUGGCUUACUGACGUCAUCGGUAUUAACCCGUCUUGCGCAUGGUCAUCAACAAACAUAACAGAGACAUUAAUUUUUAACUCCACGAAUGCCUCGGAAGUUUUAUUGAAUCUACAGGACGCAGAUUUAGAUGUAUCUAUCAGUCAUAUGACGGGGCAUUUCUCAUCUGCGUGGAUUCUUGAGCCAUCAGAUCCCUUAAAUCAUAGUACGCAGGAGCCACAAACCGAAGGUUCCACUGUGUUUCAGUUCGACCAAUGCGUGGCAGGCUGUGACAUGACACUUCCGGGAGCCAGUUAUACCUGGUUGAACUUCACUGGUUUGCCGACUUUCCAAUAUCUGUCGGCUUUCGAAGAUCAGUCGGAAGAGGAAUUUCACGAAGUAGCCUUCCUCGUAUGCAAGCCAAAUGUACAGAUUAUGACGCGGGAAGUCCGCAAUAACGGAUUCGGCAUGCUUAGCGUUCAGCCCAUCCCGAGUGGCGUUAACUACAAGACACAAGGGAAUCUUCAUCCCCGACAAACACCUGCUCUAUUUUCGUUUGCGAUGAUGGGCAUCGCUAUAGGACCUGUCAGCCGAAAUAGACUAUACUAUGUCGAACUAGGGACGGAUGUCCAGCUAGAUUUUCUCUUCGGUAGAGAGCAACUCAACAAUCUCCCCACACGUCCAAGUUCAACCGUGAACCUCACGGUACUGCCAACUGCAGAUUUAUCAUUGACCUUCACUUCGAUGCUGCAGUCAUCGUCAAAAGGGUAUCUGUCAAGUUUCCUAGGUACUGCAUACGUACCUGGAAGAUUAUCGAUUCCCGAGGUCGUCUUUGCAACAUCUACGCCUCAUCUUGCCAUAUCUACCGCCAUGUUCACGCUACUUUUUGUCCUGACCAUUGUCAGCCAUGUCAGGCGAGGCAAAGGUGGAAAAUUGACGCUAAUCAAUAUCGGUGCCGCUAUGUGUGGCUCGGAACUCCCGGCACAAAUUUCCCAGAUAAAAGCUGAUUUAUUCGAAGGGUCACGUCCAUUGCUGAACGGGAAGAGCGUACAGGGGGAUGUAGCGGAGAUGAUCGGCAACCGGAACAUAAUCAUGCGAAAGCAUGCUGAUGGCUCUGGUGUUCUGCACAUUAGUUGAGAGCGUGUCCUUUGUAUUUAUCAAGUACUAGG